AUGGAUUUGAAACUGAAUAAACAAGUCAUUUCCCGGAGAGGAAGUUUAAAGUGCCUUGGGUCAAUAAUACAAGGUGAUGGAGAGAUUGAUGAGGACAUUACGCAUCGUAUUGGAGCAGGGCGGAUGAAGUGGAGGCUCGCUUCAAGUGUUUUGUGUAAUAAGAAUGUGCCACUGAAACUUAAAGAUAGGAUUAGGAAUAAAGUUAGUUGGGAUAAGGUGGAUGUGGCCCCCGUGGAGGAUAAGAUGGCGGAGGUGAGGUUGAGAUGGUUCAGACAUGUUAAAAAGAAAAGUGCAGAAGCCCUUGUUAGAAGGUGUGAGAGAUUAGCCUUGAUGGGUAUUGUUUACCCGUAA